AUGAGGCCGGCGAGAGAAGCCGCGGCGGCGCUCGUUGGCGUCGGCAGCAACGAACAGGCGACUGCCGCGGCGGCGGGGCACGUCGGCCACGCGGCGCUGUGGAGGACGCCCACGCCCUACCUCUUCAUCGGCUUCACCCUCAUGAUGGGCCUCAUCGCGGUGGCGCUGCUCAUCCUCGUCUGCACGCGCCCCAAGCCGUCCGCCGGCUCGUCGCGGCACGGCAGCGCCACGGAGGAGGCUUCGGCGCGGGGCACGAUGAUGGCGCCGCUGGACCGUGAGCCCAAGUUCGUCGUCAUCAUGGCCGGGAACCACAUGCCGUCCUUCAUCGCCAGCGCCAGGCCCUUCGCCUUCGCCACCGCCGCACAGGCCGGCGAGCAGCGCAAGGUGGACGCGGCCUAA